AUGACCGACCUUCUUCCCCCGACAAUUGGGGUCCCCGGCGAUAUAAGCCUCCGGACAAACACCCCAGCGGGACUUCUGACCACUGUCUGUACAUGGGAGGUCCGUCGGUCAGGGGCCCGGGCGUUUUUCUUCAGCAAAGUCCCAAGUUUAGAACAAGCACUGCCACCACUGCCACCACCCGAAGUAAAAAGAAUCGAUUCGAUUGAUACCAACCGCGAUGACCACCCCAUCCCGGGCCAGGCAGUCAACCCUCAGCCCGACCGUUUCCCUUUUGGGUCGCAGCAGACAACGUGUUUCUGUUUCGCGGCUCGCCUCGCCAAGGGAGCUCCAUUCCUCGGCCCAACGUCGUCUUUCGUGUUUGUGGCGGGCAACAACAACAACAACAACAGCAACAACAACAACAACAACAACAACAACAACGCCAAGUGGAAUACCUCCGUACAGCCAGCAGCUCAAACUACCUGGUCUCGUACCUUGGGUAGUACGGAGUGCAAUCCUGGGACCUGGAAGCCAUCGUCAAGCACCUGCAAUGUCCAAGACAAAGGCACCUCCGUGCUCAUAUUCCGAUUCGCCUCGCACGGCAUGCCUUCCCCCCCCAAUGGCUGCUCUGCGCAGAGACAAGCUGCAGCGAACCAAGCCAAGCCGGGUCAUUUUGUACGAAACGCCCGCUUGUGCUUACCCCAACCCAACCCAAUGCCAAUCUGCGCUUGCUUAUUAGUGUUCACGUUCCGGGUCCUGCCCCGUCCUUGCGCGAGUUUGUCGCCGCCUCUGCAGCGCGCUGAGUCUCGUCUUUGCCUGGCUCGUCAGAGACUCGAAGCAGCAUAUCCAGAUGGUUGGAAUUUUGCUCCAGUUCUUUGGCCUUUAUAG